ACAUCAUUCAUCAUCACAGUCCUUUCCCUUUCCUAUAACGCCUCUUUCCCUUUUCAACCAUUUCAGAAUCCAAAAUUCCUUCCUUCUGCUAAACACUCAAAUCACAACCAAAAUUUCACACCAUUUCAAUAUUACAAUUUUCAAUUUCUGUUCCACACUGUAAAUUCUGUUUUUUACAAGUUCCGGAAAUGAUAUGAUGAGCACUUAUGAUUUUCAUGUGAAAGGUAUAGGGUUUUAAAUGUGGACUUUGAAUGAUUCUCUAGUUUCUAUAAUAAUUAGUCAGGAAAAUUACUUUUGCUGAUCGAUUUUGUAUCAGAAAGCACGUUUUCAGUACAAUCGCGUUUCACAUAUGAGUAGUCCGAAGGUCAGGGUUGAAGAGAGGGACAUUGUUAUAGCAAGAGGUGAUGGUGGAGAAGAAGAGUUAUUCAGUGGUGUUGAGAGAUUGAAGAAGGUUGAUUCUGGAAGUGUGAAGAGGAGGACCAAAUCGUUUCAUCCUCCAAUCGAAACGCAUUGGCAUCUUCCUUUAGCAGAAGGAAAAAGAGAGGGUUCUAAUUUCUCCAUCAAGUCACUGUUGUCUUUUUCGCUCAUGAAACUCGGGAGGAGUAAAAGCAAGGAAAUGGUUCUACAAGGAGCUCAUGAUCCGAAGCAUGAAGAAAUUGUUGAGUCUUUUCGCACAAUGCUUUCGCUCGUGGAUCUCUUACCACCUAAGCAUGACAAUUAUCAUACUCUUCUAAGGUUUCUGCGCAUGAAUGAUUUUGACAUGGAAAAGUCCAAAGAUAUGUUUCGCAAUUAUCUGAAAUGGCGCAAGGAAUUUCGAGUAGACAUGCUUCCUAAGGAAUUCCAUUUCACGGAGUACACAGAAGUGAAGAAAUGCUAUCCUCAUGGAUACCACGGAGUUGAUAGACACGGCAGACCUGUGUAUAUUGAGAGAAUUGGGUUGGUAGAUCUUGACAAACUGGGGCAAGUAACCACACAUGAAAGGUUUAUCAGGUAUCAUGUGUCAGAACAAGAGAAAACACUAAGAGUAAGAUUCCCUGCAUGUUCACUGGAGGCUAAAAGGCACAUAGCAUCCACUACAAGUAUAUUGGAUGUCAACGGAAUAGGAAUGUCUAAUUUCUCAAAGCCUGCAAGGUAUCUCUUUAUGGAAAUUCAGAAGAUUGAUAGCAGUUACUAUCCUGAGACUCUAAAUAAGCUCUUUAUUAUUAAUGCUGGAUCGGGGUUUAAGAUGCUGUGGAAAGCAGUGAAGACAUUUCUAGAUGCACGCACAGCAGCAAAAAUUCAAGUGUUGGGUUCUGAUUAUCUCGGUGUGCUGCUUCAGGCUGUCGAUCCAAGCAAUUUGCCUACUUUUCUUGGUGGUGACUGCACAUGUUCUGAAUAUGGAGGUUGCCUUAUGAGCGAUCGAGGGCCCUGGAAAAAUCAAGAAUUUUUAGAAAUGAUUCAGGCAGUUUCAUCGGGCAAAGAGACCAAUGGUCAAAAUGAACACGGUGAUGAGGCUUCAGAAGAUUCCUUGAUGCCAAAAAAUGUUGACAUGCAAAAUGAAAAUGACUUUAGUAAGAGCCUGGCACUAGAGGAGAGAGCUCGUGCGAUGACAGACUCAUCAUGUAGGUUAGCAUUGCAAAAGAUUGAUCAGCUUGAAGCUGCUCUUAGAGACACAAAAAAUAAAAUCAAGACACUUGAAGAUGCACUUCAGGAGACCAAGAUGGCCUUGAAAGAACUUGCACAGCUUAAAGAACAGCCAAAAAUGUGAAAUUGGCUAGUGUUUCACUCAUAGUCUCUAACUCUUACUAGUUGUAAUGUCAAAUAGCAUGCUCAUCAUAAAGUAGAGUCCUCCCCUUACCCGACAAUACAAACAUUAAAAUACCGCAAAGUAGAUUAUCCACUCACAACUAUUGAAAAUUUACUAAAUCUCUCCUGUUUUCUAGCAAAUUUAAGCAUCAACGAUGGGUAAUGAAAAUGUUGACAAAUUCCUUCAAUUUAUAAGACUUAACAGUAUGUUUGGGCGGAUCAUUUAUAGAAAGAAGGUAAUGUAAUUUUUGGAGGAAUUUUAUAUCCUUUGUAUUAAAAUUCUGUGUUUGAAUUUAACAUACUGCAUUCUAAAUUCCUUCAAAAAUUACAUUAGCCUCUAUAAAUGCUUCAUCUGAACACACUCUUGGUUUUGAUAGUCAUAAACCCCAUUUGUGUUGAUUUAUUUAAGGCCGAAUGAGUUCAUUUUUUAUAUGAUUUAUUUGUAUUUAGCAAAGGAUUCCAUGCGAUUCCUGUUCAUCCGCUGCAAAAUGACAAAUGAGCCUCCUGAAGGUAGAAAAAAUAUUGGAUGGGGAAGAUAUAAAAUAAAAUAACAUGCAAGUAUAUGAAGGAAGACCUUGAAGCACUUCAUUUAAGAUAAAAAAAGGGUUCAUUUUGAUAUGCUUUGAUAACACUUAGCAAGGAAAGGAUUAUCAAAUUGAGAAGACGUUGGUCUAAUGGUAAGCAAGUUUGGUGUAAGAAUGAAAGCACAUAUUUAAAUUGUGGGAAAAAUAUACGUUAAACAUGAAACUGUUUCAUAAAUAAAUGAUGACAUCCGUUAAAGACAACAAUAAUUUCCACUAAAUUCCGCAUUUCCCCUUGAUCUGCCGCAUGAUGGACAAAUGAGCCUCCUGAAGGGAUAAGAACAAAGGAUGAGGCCAAUUUGACAACAAUGCCUUUCUAUUUCUCAACACUAUUGUGCAUAUGUGCCAAGGGUUGGUACUUGGUAAUGCCCAUGCCACGUAAAUGGCACAGGACAAAUGUGAUA